AUGGGCUCAUGCUUCAGUUCCGAUGCAGGCGCACAAACGACAGAGAAGGCAUCUGCUGCUAUUGACAGACAAAUCGAGGAAGACUCCAAGCGACUCAAGAAGGAAUGCAAGAUCCUACUCCUCGGCUCUGGCGAAUCCGGCAAGACGACUAUUGUCAAGCAGAUGAAAAUUAUCCAUCAAACAGGCUAUUCACAAGACGAGCGAGUCAUGUUUCGUGCAACUAUCUUUAAAAAUGUGCUAGACGGCGCCAAAGCGAUUUGCGAAGCGCUAGAGAAGCUCGAAAUUAUACCUAGCAGUGUUUCAACGGCGGAAGCGGCUGAUAGAAUACUGGCCUACUCACUAGACCAAGAUCCAGGCGCAGCAUUCGAUCCAGAGUUGCAAUCGGAUAUUCUACAACUAUGGCAUGAUCCAAAUAUCGCCAACCUCAUGCUGCGGCAAAGUGAAUUUUACAUGAUGGACUCGGCACCGUAUUUCUUUGCCGAGUUGGACAGGAUAGCGCAACCGGACUACGUCCCCACCGAAGCAGAUGUCUUGCGUGCGCGUACAAAGACGACCGGUAUUUAUGAGACCCGCUUCUCGAUGGGCAACUUGAGCAUACAUAUGUUUGAUGUUGGCGGCCAACGGUCAGAGCGGAAAAAGUGGAUUCACUGCUUCGAGGCGGUGACCUCGAUCAUCUUUUGUGUUGCACUGUCAGAGUACGAUCAAGUCUUGCUGGAAGAAUCCGGCCAGAAUCGUAUGACAGAGUCACUCGUUCUAUUUGACAGCGUCAUCAACAGUCGCUGGUUUGUGCGAACAAGCAUCAUCCUCUUCCUCAACAAGAUUGACAUUUUCAAAGCAAAAUUACCGAAAGUACCGCUCGGUGACUGGUUCCCUGACUAUCAGGGCGGUGCUGAUGCCAACAAGGCUGCUAAGUAUAUCCUCUACCGAUUCACUCAAGUCAAUCGUGCAAAACUCAACAUUUACCCACACCUGACGCAAGCAACCGAUACCAGCAACAUUCGGCUCGUGUUUGCAGCCGUCAAGGAGACCAUCCUUCAGAAUGCAUUGAGAGACAGCGGCAUUCUCUAG